AUAAAUAAUAUUUUGAAGUACAACCUAUUGGAAUUACCGCCAUUUUCGUGAUUCGCUAUUGAGGUCACGUGACCAAUGUAUUACACAACCAAUCAGAAACGAAAAACUCCGUGGUCAAAAAUUUUAUUCACAAUUUUGAGAAAUGGCUGACGAUAAAGAAGUUGAAAAAACGAUUGCUGAAGACUUGGUUGUGACCAAGUACAAGUUAGCUGGACAAAUUGUUAAUCGUGUUCUGGAACAAGUUAUCGCAAAAUGCGUUCCCGACGCUUCCGCGAGAGAAAUAUGCGAAUUUGGGGACAAACUAAUAUUAGACGAGACUUCGAAAGUAUUCAAAAAGGAGAAAGAUUCGAAAAAGGGGAUCGCUUUUUCGACCUGUGUUUCAGUUAACAAUUGCAUAUGUCAUUUUUCGCCAAUUCCCAGCGAAACGGAUUACAUCCUGAAACAGGGCGAUUUGGCGAAAAUUGACUUGGGAGCUCACAUAGAUGGAUUUAUCGCUGUGGUGGCGCACACCGUCGCCGUGGGUGGUGGCGAGGUGACUGGGCGUGCGGCAGAUGUCCUACUUGCUGCACACUAUGCAAGUGAAGCAGCUUUGAGACUGCUGCGGCCUGCUAAUGAGAACUAUGCCAUCACUGAAGCAGUUCAAAAGAUAAGUGCUGAAUUUGGCUGCAAGCCCAUUGAAGGCAUGCUGUCACAUCAGCUGAAGCAGUUCCGCAUUGAUGGUGAGAAAAGCAUCAUCCAGAACCCUUCAGAGGCGCAGCGCAAGGAGCAUGAGAAAGCGACCUUUGAAACAUAUGAAGUGUAUGCUAUGGAUGUCCUCAUAUCAACAGGAGAGGGUGUUGGUCGUGAAAUGGACACAAGAUGUACAAUAUAUAAGAAAACUGAUGAGAUUUACCAGCUAAAAUUAAAGGCAUCAAGAAUGUUUUACAGUGAGGUACGUAACAAGCAUGGUUCCAUGCCGUUCAACCUCCGAAGCUUCGACAAAGAGACAAGUGCAAGGUUAGGUGUGGUGGAAUGUGUCAAUCAUAAGCUCAUUGAGCCAUUCCAGGUGCUUUAUGAACGUCCUGGUGAGUUGGUGGCACAGUUCAAGUUCACAGUGCUGCUGCUGCCAAGUGGCACUCAUCGCAUCACCGGAUUGCCUUUCGACAAAAGCAUCUGCAAAAGUGAACGCAGUAUCAAGGAUCCUGAGCUGAAUUCUCUCCUUAACUCCUCUGCAAAGUCAAACAAAAAGAAGAAAAAGAAAACUGGAAACGAAGAGCCAAUGGAAGUGGAAACUGUUGCUUAGCGACUAGACUACCUGCCCUUAAAUAAUAAUAUAAAACAUGAAAUCUACAGCUUUUCCUAACAUCACUUGUGAUUUAUGAAUGAAAUCUCACAAGCAUGGUACAAUUUUGACAAAAUUUUGUAACAUUUUUACCUUUUGAACGAAGACAAAAAACACAAUAAGCUUGAGAUCAAAUGGAGGAAUCAACAACAAAUGUUCUCAAAAAUGUAAUGAACAAAAACCAUCUUUAUGUCUGACAAAAAUAAUUGUGUGACAUGUUUUAUUAUUUGUGUCUACUAUUUCCAAAUACACAUCUUUAGCUUAUUCCUACACUAUGCAAACAAUUUCUUCAGGAAUACUCUUAAACAAUAUGUUAGUAAUUACAAAAUCCGGAAAAUUGUGUAUGUAAAGCAGUGUACUGAGAGUAUUUUAAAUUUUUUUGUAAAGCAAUGCCCAAGCAGACACAUUUCUAAAAUCAUUCCUUAGCAACAUUUUGAAUGUACUUUUAGUAAUAAUUAACUCUGCACAAAAUUUGUCCUCACUUUUUGUGAAUUACUCCUUGAUUCUGAAUUGACUCGGUACAUUUCCAAAUGUUGACAUAGUCUAUUGAAUGUGGAAUUCUGAUUAAUCUUACCUUGCACUGGUAACAACAUAUUUGUGCUGAAGAUUUCCAUGUUCCUUGUUAAUAUAUAAUUCAUGUUUAUGUAUGGCCUGUUUCAUAAGCAUGGUUUAAAGAGUUUUAUGCAAUAGUUGUAACAUGUUUUCAAACUCCAAUAAGCAAUAAUAUCCAUAUGUAAGAUUUUCUGUUUUGUGUUAUAUCAAGCUGUUGUACGUUAGUGAUUAUGAAGGAGUCCAUACAGUGAAGAGUUGUAAAAUAUGACACUGAGAAAAUAAUAAAUCGAACCGUGCCACAGUUGUGGGGUUUUUUGUAAUAA